CGACAAGGGCUCUGUUCUUAGUGAAAGAUGCAGGCUGAUGUCGCUGGCUGCUCUUCGUCGUCUUCGAUACAGAUGUGUGGAACGUUUGGAGUCGUAUGCCUGCGUGUGGCUUAGCUUUUAAGAGCGAAUAUUGAAGAACACUGCAUCUUGUGAAAUGUACGGCUUUGUGAAUCACGCUUUUCAAAAGCUUAUCGAGCUUGAAUACGGCGUAGAAGUGUGGGAAGAAAUUUGGUAAGGAAGCUCGACACACGUAUUUAUAACGAACUGCCUAGUAACAGGAAUACCUUUCGUGGUAUUUGAUAACCGAUCUGAAUACAUGCAUACAAUUCUUAAGACAGCUAUUCCAUGAUGUAUGAAAAUAUACUGCAAUCUAUUGUCUAUAGCAAAUUGUAUUUACCCGAGUUGCUAGCCGUAUAGCUUCACUCGUUCACGCUGCCGUUGGCAUUGAAAACAUCGUAUAUUACGGGCUUAUUUUCGUCGUAUAUUACAGGCUUAUUUACGGCUAAGCGUAUAGCUAGCCGUACAUGUAGUCAAUCGUAAUUUCAGUACCAUUUCAAUCUCAUUCAUGCUUGCAUGCUAUAUCAUAUAUACUUGUAUGUCUGUUGUGAUUUUUAAUAUUUAUACUUUGUUAGAUAUAGAAUGUGUUCAUAUUAUUUUGUGUAUAGUGAUCAAGCAAAUAUUGACGGUGAUGAUUUAUAUUCGUUCGACGAGCGACGAAUAUAUAACGACCAAGAUCUGUCAGAUUUGGUUAGCAUCGCGUGUGAAGUUUUGGGUAAGUCUGUCAGAUAAUUUUCUGGCUGAGUUGUCACCUUUAUGUCGUGGCUCUUUCUGUGAGUUUGUGUAUAUAUUACAAUGGACGAAGAUGCAUUCAAACAUGACAUAUUAUCUGUAAUUUCCAUUUAUUACACUAAUGCAGUGCCAAGACUGUGCAUAUAAUAUGUAAGGUCAAGCACACUGGGAACAGGGGUUAUCAAAGGCAUACCAUACUCAUAGUAAAUUUACAAGCACGGCUAUAGCAACUAAUCACGGAACAGGGCUAUUACAGAUAACCUUUUUAAAAGUUAUUGCACUUUUUAUUAGUUAGCAAACGUAUCAUCUUGCAAUGUAAUCGCAUGUUUGAUCACAGAUAUACAGGCGUUAAUUAAACCAGUGGAGUUAUAUUUAGCCCGAAAUAUAAAAUGCCAAAUGGCAUUGCGAAAACGUUCGACUAUCAAUUUACAAGUAUUAGCCUACGACACAUGUUUGCAGUCUGUACUGAAACCUUGUAUACACAAUGAUUUCUCAUGUUUAAUAUCGAUAAUUGAUGAAUUUAUGACAUUUAUGCCAAAUACAGAUGCAAGUACUCAAUAAUUGGAAGCUUAAAUGAUCACUAUAGACUUGUUUUUUUUUACUUAAGUUUAGCUGUCUUGACAUUCCGGUGAAACCUUGUAUACACAAUCAUUUCUCAUGUUUAGUACCGAUAAUUGAUAAAUUUAUCACAUUUAUGCCAAAUACAGAUGCAAGUACUCAGUAAUUGGAAAGCUUAUAAAAUAAUCACUAGUCAGACUUGUUUUUUUUUACUUAAGUUUGCGACACGUGGGCAAAAUGACUGCAGGUUUAACAACAGCUGCAGCUUCACAUAAAUUCACUACUAAACGGCCCACUGCAUGCAUGCGCAUCAUGUCGUAUGAGCUUAUAAAUUUUCAAGGCAUUGUUCAAUAGCAUUUGUGUUUUAAAUGCUUUGUAAAACUUAGUAACAUAGUAGAAAGAGCUCUUUAUAUAAUCGACUACCAACAGUUUGUGCAUUGUUCGAGAAACAUGAAAGUAAUUUGUUGUUGUUCUAGAACCAUAUAGCUAUCAAUCACGCGCAAAAGAAUUUUUCGCUGAAAUUUGGCGACGCUUGUUUUAACUAUAGUAGCGAUUUUUAAAUCAGCGUGACAGCCCUUUAACAUGAGCACAUGGAUGACCGAAAAUACACACUUAACGAGUUAUGUUUAAAAAACUUGAUUUCGCAAUUUCCUUUAUUUCGUUUUGAACCACAAUAUACGUCGUGGUUUUGGCAGCUCAUAAACUGCGGUCUUUUCAUCAUAUUUCAUUUGCGUUCUUGAGGACUUUAAUUAUUCUAAUUCAGCCCCAUGUUGACAUUUGGCUAUUAAGAAAAAAUGCUGUCGUCCCGGUACCGUGUUUUCCGAUUUUGAUGUGUGUUGUAAAUUUCAGCCGCACGUAGCGUUCUCCUGUAGUGUGGACUUUAAGAUCUUUUUGUAAUUUCCAACUCUAUUUCCGAGAUAUUAUCCGAAACAGGUUCAUUCUGGGACAGAUAUACUGAGUAUCAGGUUACCUUGACUACCAGAAAUUCUUGUUGGGUGAACAUAAAUGUUGAUGUCAAAGGUAUUGAGUGAAAAAAAUUUAAUGAAAUCAGACUAAAGUAGAUUAUUCUCGCAUUUAAUUAGGUGUUAUUGUUGAAAGCUGCACCGUGAUUUCAGCUAGUUAAAGCGCGUAUUAUUGAGGCAUAAUCAUAUCAGUGCAGACAAUGAGACCAAGAAAUAUAAGCUGCAAAUAGGGGCACCGCAAAUCAUAGUCACUCUACUAUGCGCAAAUAGAGAACAUCUGCUGAAGGUAAUCCUGAAUUCCUUUGUUGAAGCAAUAAACAGACCUUGCAGAAUUACUGGAGUGUACAAUUAUGGCAAAAACUGGCAAAAACUAUAAAAAUUUUGUACCAUUGAAUAAAUGAAUUAAAGUUAAGGAUAUCUGUAUAAUAGUAGUAUUAUUACAUGUGAUCAAGUUUAUCACAAAAAGUAUACUUGGAAUUCGUGUUCAUAUGUACUUUAGAGGUGUCAAAACUUUCACCUGAUCUGAUAUCUAACUUAAGUGCUUAAUGGUGGUGAUUGGAAUGCCAACAGCUUAAGCACAAAAUUGCAAGGAAAUUAAGGCCCGUUUCAUACGUCGAAUUUUGGUCGCGCCGAAUGCAAUUAAGACAAUAGAUAAUGAGAUGAUAAACCUCAUUAAGCUUCAUUAUCUAUUGUUUGAAUUGCAUUCGACGCGACCGAAAUUCGACGUAUAAAACGGGCCUAAGCUGCGAAAUAUUUUAACCUCUUAUUGAGAUGUACAUUGCCGGAAAAUGCAAAUAUGUUUUUCCCAAUAGAUAAUAAAAAAUUGUUUAUUAGAAAUAUUCGUUCCAGAGCAGUCGUCUGAGUCUAAUUUAAUGAGGAUAAAUGAGGUACAUACAUAGACAGACAUAAUCCUUUCAGAUCUUCAUUCAAUUUGGACGUUUCGAUUGCACGAGUAUAUUUCAUGAAUUAUUAGAAUUGUCAAGCAUUUGGGACUUUUACAGCAGACUUUGGACUUUUUGGACUUUUCGAUCGAGUUUCAGUAUAAUGUACUAUACCAAAACUACUACUGUACUACUCAUGACGUGUAUUAUACUGGGUGUAUAAAAAAACGAGACCUUUAGAAAUCAAGCUAUUGUUGUUAAGCACAGGAUAUUAUGCUCCUGGGAAUUUAAAAUUAGUCCUAUGUUGGACGAAACCAAAUUUAAGUUUUAAAUAACUUCCGGUCAUGCAUAAAAUUCACUUCUAUUCGAUUUUACCCACCCAUUGCAGCAUACGUGCAAAACAUUCAAGGACAAGCACUCUCGUGCGAAUUUUUGCGUGAGUAUACAGCUAAUUCAAAAAAGGAUUUCCUUUGCAAACCUUACACUCUAAACCUUAAACUCUAAUUGUGCAAAGCAUAAUGGGGGCAUCAUUUAAUCAGUUUGGAAAUCAUACAUGGGGCCCAUUUCUUAGGGACAUGGUAAAUAUCUCUUUACGAGAAAACUGAUUCAUUCACAAAUAGCUGCAAUAUUCAACUGCCAUGCAAGCUUGAAACUUGUGCUCCCAUUGAGCUUUGCGCGCUUAAAGUUUAAGAGGGCCUCUCAGUAAAAUCCACUCACUGGUUUGGGGAAGGAAAAAUAGAUUUAGCUCAUAUUUUGCAUAUGAACUAGACUUUGGUCAAUAUUAAUCGAGCUUCUUUCAGAACUUUUCAACUUUCUGUUUUAUAGGAGUUUAUAGCCAUGUUGAAAUUUGACCUUGCGUGUUUGGAUAAAACUAGCACGUGUGAGUUUUUCAAAGACCUCAAAAAGCACUCAUCCUUCGGACUCUUUCUCCUAUAAAAAAAAACCUUAAAAGGUUUAGAGUUUAAGAUUUGCAAAGGACAACCUUUUUUGAAUUGGCUGUACACUAAUAAGCUUUAUAGUUUAUUUGUAUAGAUAGUGCAAUUUUAUAGGAGAAAGAGUCCGAAGGAUGAGUGCUUUUUGAGGUCUUUGAAAAACUCACACGUGCUAGUUUUAUCCAAACACGUGCUAGUUUUAUUCGCUCAAACUCGUUCCCAUUGUUUUCUUCCUGAAAAUGUGCCUUUUAGCCGAUCAAAAUGUUCAAAACUGCUCAGCCAAUCAGAAAUGAGAAAUGUUUUCAUGCAUAUUAUUAGGUUUAAUAAAGUACAUCAUGUAAUUCCAGGCAUAAAACGAAAUGAGCUUAUGGAACAAUUCGGGCAGAAGUUCUUCGAACAUUGCCACUCGUCAGGAUGGAAGAAGAUUUUACCUUGCCUGGGCGGUAAUUUGAGGGACUUUCUUUCAGGACUAGAUAACUUACAUGAACAGUUAUUAGUCCGUUAUCCCGGUAUGCAGGCACCUUCAUUUCGUGUGGAGUCAAAACAUGGUAGUGAUGUCCUCACUGUGUUUUACUACUCUAUCCGAGACGGGCUGCACUAUAUGGCUGUUGGAAUGAUAAAAGCAGCCGCGAAACAGUUGUACCAAAGUGAUGUAGACGUUUCCAUUGAUUCCUACGAUAAAGAUGAAGGGUGCGCAAAAUUUUUGGUGCGCCCUAAAGAUUUCACCGGAGCUAUUAAGCUACUACCUCGUCGUCGGCAAUCCAGAAUGGUGCGAGAAGAUUGUCAGGUCGCUGCAUAUAAAUCGACUAUAGGCACCUCGACGUUUUGCAGAGCGAUACCAUUUCAUAUCAUGUUUGAUCGCAAUAUGGUCAUCUUUCAAGCAGGAAUAUCCAUGCGCAGAGUUCUACCUACGCUUGUUGUUGGUCGCACUACAGUACAUGAAGUAUUCGAGAUUGUACGCCCACCAAUUCGAGAUGAGUUUGAAGCAAUUUUGUCGCGAACCAAUUCUGUUUUCUUGCUCAAGACCGUAGAAGGUAUAUUAGAUUCGACCACAUUGUCCACCGUCUCUGAAGAUGAUAGAGAAAAUAUUGAGUCCCCUACCAUGAGGUUUAAAGGUCAAAUGUUGUACCUGGAAGAAGCCGAUUGUAUCUGUUAUCUUUGUUCACCAAUGGUAUUGAAUUUAGACGGUCUCAAUGAGAAAGGUAAUACUUAUUGUUGAAUAUAUCGGUUUGACCUUGCAAGCUAAAAAUAACGUUUUUCUUAAAAAUUAUACAUAGUGUCUAGCUUCUGUAGUUGAAAUAUUUUUCUCAUAACGUGUAUAAAUACUGUAUACAGGGUGUAUCAAAGAAAAGGCAAUCCAAAUUUUGCAUGUUAUCAAGCGCUUGGUAUUAUUCGACUUAUUCAGUUUAUAGAUUUAUUCGAUAAAAAUGAUGAAAUACGAUUUUCCAACUUUGGGAAAAAUAUUCCCCUAGGUCUAUACCUGAGUGAUAUUCCAAUCCACGAUGCAACACGUGACCUGAUUUUGCUAUCUGAGCACCGCAACGCUGAGUGUGCCCUCACACAACGUCUUCAAAUCGUCACAGACAAACUCCAACAAACAGCAAGAGAACUGAAGAAGGAACAGCAACUGGCUGACAAGCUUCUCUACAGUAUCCUACCUCCUUCUGUGGCUAACGAACUAAGGUUGAAACGUCCUAUAAAAGCGAAGAAAUUUGAAGUUGUGACCGUACUAUUCAGCGGGAUUGUUAAUUUCGCGCAGCACUGCAAUGAUAUCACAGAACCGAUGGAGAUUGUCAAUUUACUCAAUAAUGUUUACAUGACUUUUGACAAUCUCAUGGAUACGUUUGAAGAUGUCUAUAAGGUAAUAUAUACUUUUUUAUUGUAAUAUAGCGAUUCCCGUGCAGUAGAUGGGUGAAACGGGCUAUUCCAUUUAAUAUCUGAAUACCCCUGUCGAGGACAGCUGGAAUUCGCCACGGGUACAGUGCAUUUGUGCUGGAACACUUCAGGGUUACAGUAUAUUUGAGCUGGAAUUCUUCAGGGGUACCACAUAAGUGAAUUGGAUUUCCUCAGUGGUAAGGGUUUUCCAGGUUUUUAACGUGGAGUUCCUCAGGGGGAAAGGUUUACGAAACCUGGAAUUCCUCAGGGAAGGAUUCAUGGUGAAACAUGGAAUUCCUCAGGAGUAUGUGCUUUCAGUUUGAAUUCCUCAGGAGUGAAGGCAGGGGUGCCGACUGCAAGUAGAUGUGCCACAUCUUAAUUGACUUUAAUGAAUAAACGUACUUAUUUUGCUAAAUGUUACAUCUUCUUGCAUGUGCUGCGUGCGACUGACGGUCGAUAUACAGUAAUUGGCAAGAAUAUCAUUUUUACUCCACUGUGCGAAAGGGCCUCAAAAGUCACUCAUUCAGUCGGAAAAUAAUCACCGAACCUUAAGUCGAGUACGUCAACCAUUUCCUUUUCAGGAUGACCAUGCUUAGCGCUAUAUAUAGAAAUUAACAUUUAACAUGUUUUGCUCGGGUGUUUUUCAGGUCGAAACAGUUGGUGAUAAAUAUAUGGCAGUGUCUGGCUUACCAACAAAAUGUAAUACACAUGCUCAUCAUGUCGCCAAGAUGGCUUUGGAUAUGAUGGACGCCGCGAAUAGCAUAUUAAUCAGAGGUCAGCCUUUCAAGGUAAAAACUCCGCUUAUAUACCGCACUUGAAAAUUAGAUAAAUAGAUAGAUGUAUUAAUAGAUAUCUCCCCGCAGUGCUUUUAAUUUAAGAACCUAUCACACACCCACAUUGCACUAUUUAGUAGUCACUAGUGAUCGGCUGUCACUGAUACCAAAUAUUCGAUUCCGUCAAUAUCAGAGACUGGAGGAAAAGUAUCGACACUGCCGAAAAAUAUUGUGUUCCCGAUACUGUGUUCCCAUAUCCUCUUCAAAAUAUUUCUUUUGUUCCCUUGUUCCUUUGAAAUUUUUCACCAUGUGUCCUUGUUGCCUGCAGACUACAUGUUCACUACGACUUUUUGGUUUUGUUCCUGCGUCUUUGUCACAUAAUUUGCCGCCUUUUCGCGUUCCCUAGGAACCCCUUGCAUGGAGACCCUUACAAGUGACGGGGAAGUUUGUUAGAGAAGAGAUCAGAUGAGACUCCUUUAUCAUCGACGAAACAGAUGAUAACAUUGUCCUCUAUACAUAGAAUUUUAAUUUAAGAUAUACACCUGUUUUUGUCGAAAUGGGCAGUUCUAAAUUCUUCCUUGGAUGACCCCUGGUAUUCGACAGCAAUUGAAGUUUGGAGACUCAUUAUAAUUACAAUAUAACUCAUUAUCUAUGUCUUUGUCUAGGUGUAUUCGGGAAAGUGGUCCUUCGUCGUCACGUACGCGUGUGUAUUGUAGUUUUCCCAGCUAACCAUGCAAUAGCAAUGUUUUAGGAAAGUAAUUAUCUAUCGGUGUCUCGAACAAUUCGGGAACUCAAAAGUUGCUAUUGGUGGAUUUGGCGAAAAUACAAUACGCACGUGGCAACGAAGGACUACAUUUUGCAUAACGUUGACUAACAUAGAUAAUGAGCUAUAUUGUAUUCUAAUGUUUCCAAACCAUCUCUUAUUUAUUAGGGCCCAAACAAUUGACACUCUCUAAAAUGUUCUUAAGAUGAUUCUGUAUAAAGUAAAAUAAUCAUUUCAGUAUUUCAAAGGUAAUCAACUGAACGAAACUGGCCCUUUUGUUUCUAGAUAACAAUCGGAGUUCAUUCCGGCGAAGUUGUAGCAGGCGUUGUAGGUCAGAAACUACCACGAUACUGCCUAUUUGGUAACACUGUGAAUUUAGCAAGUAGAACUGAAACGACUGGCGAAAAAGGAAUGAUUAAUGUCUCUGAGCCCGCAUACAAGUACGUAAAUUAAACAUGCUCUUACUUGUUAUUCUACUAAAUAUAGUUCUACUCCUUGCAACAAUUAUUCGCACAUAUCAACAAUGCAUACAACCACUAUAAGCGUACAAUACAGGUAAUUGCAAUACAGAGUAUCACCAGAACUCGAAAAACAUAUACGUCAGGUUAUCGCGUCAAAAUAUUCAAGAAUAUGACUGCAAUCGGGGGAUCCGCAGGAUAUUGUCUGUGUGAUUGUUUGACGUUUUAACAGCAAUAGGCAUAGGACUGUAGUCCCAUUCCUUGACGUUUUAACACGGAAAACUGAUACCUCGCGUGAUAAGUGAAGUAUGUCAGAUGUUUGUAAUGCUUUGUAAAAUGCUCACACUUUCAAUGUCCUAUUUCGACAGGGCGAACCCCUUCCUUAGACACAAUUUUCAUUCAAAUGUCUUUAUCUGUAAGCCUGAUGACGUUAUUCUGAUUGCAAAAUUUUGAAGUUUAACCAGGCUUAUUUUUAAAUCUUCUGUUACCAAAAUAAAUUUUGUUUGCUGUGGAAUACACUGGAAAAUUGCAAACAUUUCAAUACUUUGGUUUCCUAGAUUUUCUUAGAAAAUUUUCCGGAAAAUUUCCACGCUUUCCUAGAACAUUUGUAUACUGUCAAAGAGUGGAAAUGGUAUUCUGUCUUGAUUUUAAUGACAAAAUGUAAAUUUGUUUUCAUUUCAAUCCAUAUCUUGGGUUUUCAGGAUGCAUCUCUUCGAAAUUUGGUUCAUUCUAUAUUUCAUCGUGUAUGUUGACACGAAAAAUGAAAGAAAAGUCGUAACAUUUUUUACUUCUUCGCUUUGCAGAUGUCUUCAGUCGCCCAGAGAUCCAAGUUUAAAGUUUGAGUGUAGAGGUCCUGUUGCAAUGAAAGGCAAGAAGGAACCGAUGAUUACCUACUUCCUGUCUCGAUCCUCAUCCAGAGAAAUCCAGAAUAGUACAAGCAAUACAAACAUUCGUGUGGUCAUUAAAAAUUCAGAUUCUAAACGCAGAAUGAAACCACGAAAAUAGACUAUAUUUAUCACUAACUUGUACGAGACAUGUGUAUCUACCCCAUGACCAUGCAGUAUAUAUUACUUGUAAAACAAGAGCGAUCGAACGUUGUAAGUUGUACGAUAUAAUGUAAGAAGGUUAUCUUCAUAUAUACUAUUAUAAAUUGUAUCAAUUAUAGCAAUAUUAAGAUUUAUAGCAAUCUGUUGAAAGUGCUAAGGGACCUUGUACUGGUUGCUGGCAUGGGCAAGAUUGGGGAUGAAGUGGGAAAAUUCUUGCACUUUUCUUUUUGGAAUAUGGGUGAAUAUUUUACAACCACUGCUCAACGAAAUAGGAACAUUUUCAAGGUGUGAUGUGAAAUACGGAAUAUUCUUUAACUCGGUGCAAUAAUCUCAUGCACGAGUGACAUCACUUAACACAGUUAAUUAAAGUAAGACAUGUAAUCGAUAUGUAGUUAAAUUGUUCUCCUGGUUCUUGUAGUUCCCUUGGUUCUUCUUGUUGUUUUAAUUGUCUUGGUUCUUGACAAAAACUUCAAGUACCAAGAGAAGAACCACAAGAACCAAGAGAGCAAAGAGAACCGUAAGAACCACAAGAACC